UAUAAAUAACUUCAAAAUCGCAGAGUUUUAAUAUCUCUAAAUUAUCUGAUCCCGGCUAUAAUAUUUCCGCCAUGGCAAUUGUCAAAGCUCUUCACACUACUUUUGGUGUUUUUGGGAACAUUACUGGCUUGUUUCUUUUCUUGGCACCAAUGAUAACUUUCAAGAGGGUAAUACAGAAGAGAUCAACAGAGGAGUUCUCAGGGAUCCCAUAUGUCAUGACGCUGCUCAAUUGCUUGCUCUCCACUUGGUACGGACUUCCGUUUAUAUCCCCCAACAACAUAUUGGUGUCAAUCAUAAACGGCACCGGCGCUGGGCUGGAGGCGAUAUAUGUCCUUGUUUUCCUCAUCUAUGCACCCAAGAGGGAAAAGGCCAAAAUCUCCGGCCUCUUGUCGGUCGUGCUCGCCAUUUUCGCCGCCGUGGCGUUGGUGUCUCUGCUUGCGCUCCACCACAAUGCCCGGAAGCUACUUUGUGGCUUCGCCGCCGCCAUCUUCUCCAUCAUCAUGUACGGCUCCCCGCUAUCGAUCAUGAGGACGGUGAUUAAAACGAAGAGCGUGGAGUUUAUGCCAUUCUUCUUGUCGUUGUUUGUAUUCCUAUGUGGCACUUCGUGGUUCAUCUAUGGACUCCUUGGCAAGGACCCUUUCAUUGCGGUGCCAAAUGGUGUUGGAUCACUGCUGGGAAUGGUGCAACUGAUCUUGUACACAAUAUAUCGUGAUAACAAAGGAAAAGACAAGAAAGCCACCGGUGACCAUUCUGUGGAAAUGGGGUUUGACACUAAAGCCAAGGGCCAAAAUGGAAUUGCAUAGUGUGCUUCAUUCCCAUUUCUACUCUUUUUAUGUUAAAGUCUCUUUGGGAAACCAAUUAAGACUUCUUCAAAGAGACACAACUUGUCAAAAAUGUAGAAACUUUUUAAUGGGACACUAGUUGAAUUCGUUUGUUGUUUUCUAGAUUUUCUUAAUAAUUGUAACAUAUUCAAGAAAGUUUUUAAGCUGGACUUUGGGUUCAUACAAUUUCUAUGAACCUCUGACAUUGUUAUGUUAAUUAAAAAAUGGGAUCGAUAAAAUCUGGUACACGUU